UGCCGCUGUGGUAGAGAAAACAGUGACGGCUGCGGCGGCGGUGGCGCUGCGAGUCCCCGCUUAGAGCCGGGACAGUGGGGGGGAAUCAUUUUAUACUCCAGAAUUAGGACAAGUAUGUGAGAAUUCCCAUCGGCCAGUGUGGAUUUCUUUCUUCAAGCUCUCUUCCAAUACAACCAGCUAUAUAAGUUUCUCAAAUAACCCUUCUUUGUGCCAUGUUCUGUGGCUUGCAUCAAAAGAGGAAUUUGUCUUCAUGAAGAUUCCUAACAUUGGUAAUGUGAUGAAUAAAUUUGAGAUCCUUGGGGUUGUAGGUGAAGGUGCCUAUGGGGUUGUACUAAAAUGCAGGCACAAGGAAACACAUGAAAUUGUGGCAAUCAAGAAAUUCAAGGACAGUGAAGAAAAUGAAGAAGUCAAGGAAACAACUUUACGAGAGCUUAAAAUGCUUCGAACUCUAAAACAGGAAAAUAUAGUGGAGUUGAAGGAAGCUUUCCGAAGAAGAGGGAAAUUAUACUUGGUGUUUGAAUAUGUGGAAAAAAAUAUGCUUGAAUUGCUGGAAGAAAUGCCAAAUGGAGUUCCACCUGAAAAAGUAAAAAGCUAUAUCUACCAGCUAAUCAAGGCAAUUCACUGGUGCCAUAAGAAUGAUAUUGUUCAUCGAGAUAUAAAACCAGAAAAUCUCUUAAUCAGCCAUAGUGACAUCCUGAAGCUGUGUGAUUUUGGUUUUGCUCGAAAUCUAUCAGAAGGCAACAAUGCUAAUUAUACAGAGUAUGUGGCCACCAGGUGGUACCGUUCUCCUGAGCUAUUACUUGGAGCUCCCUAUGGAAAAUCUGUAGAUAUGUGGUCUGUGGGCUGUAUUCUUGGGGAGCUUAGUGAUGGGCAACCUUUAUUUCCUGGAGAAAGUGAAAUUGACCAACUUUUUACUAUUCAGAAGGUGCUAGGACCACUUCCAUCUGAGCAGAUGAAGCUCUUCUACAGCAAUCCUCGUUUCCAUGGGCUUCGGUUCCCAGCUGUUAAUCACCCCCAAUCUUUGGAGAGAAGAUAUCUAGGAAUUUUAAGUGGCGUUUUGCUUGACUUAAUGAAGAAUUUACUGAAGUUGGAUCCAGCAGACAGAUACUUGACAGAACAGUGUUUGAACCAUCCUUCAUUUCAAACCCAGAGACUCUUGGAUCGUUGUGGAACUUCACCUUCACGAUCAGCAAAGAGAAAACCAUACCAUGUUGAAAGCAACACAUUAUCUAAUAGAAAUCAAGCCAGCAAAAAUGCUGCUUUGCAGGCACAUCACAGAUCUAACAGUAAGGAUAUACAGAAUCUAAGUGUUGUACUUCCACGGAAUGAAGAUGUUCUUCCAGCAAGUGAAAGCUUCCUCAAUGGAAACCUUUCUGGAGCUUCUCAUAGUCCCAUGCACACCAAACCCUAUCAAACAAGUAACCCACCUGGAUCUGCAAACAAAGAUCUCACCAAUAACAACAUUCCACAUCUUCUUAGCCCCAAAGAAUCAAAAUCAAAAACAGAAUUUGAUUUCAGUAUUGACCAAAAGGCCUCUGAGGGCCCAGGCACAAAAUACCUUAAGUCAAACAGUAGGUCUCAGCAGAACCGACACUCAUUUAUGGAAAGUUCCCAAAGCAAAACUGGAACAUUACAGCCUGGUGAAAAGCAUGGACGGCAUAGCUACAUAGACACUAUUCCCCAAUCCUCUAAGAGUCCUUCUUAUAGGGCAAAGGCCAAAAGUCAUGGGGUUCUGACUGACUCCAAAUCUGUGAGUAACCUUUCUGAAGCCAGAGUUCAGAUUUCUGAUCCCAAUAGCAGCAGGUAUUUUCCAUCUAGCUGCCUAGACUUGAACUCUCCCACCAGCCCAACCCCUCCCAGGCACAGUGACAGUAGAACUUUGCUUAGUCCUUCUGGGAGAACCAACCGAAGUGAGGGCACACUGGACUCACGGCGAACAACAGCAAGACAUUCCAAAACAAUGGAGGAGUUGAAAUUGCCCGACCACAUGGAUGGAAGCCAUUCACACUCACUGUCUGCACCACAUGAAUCUUUUUCCUAUGGUCUAGGCUAUACCAGCCCUUUCUCUUCCCAGCAGCGGCCUCAUAGGCAUUCCAUGUACGUGACUCGGGACAAAGUGAGAGCGAAAGGCUCAGAUGGAGGCUUGAACAUAGGGCAAGGGAUGGCAGUCAGAGCCAACAGCCUGCAACUUUUAUCACCACAGGUACAAUUUAGGCCAUUCACCAGAUUUGUUGGCACAUCACAGGAAGAUGGUACAGAGGAUUUGAAUAGGCCAGGAGAACAAAUACCCACAGAGCUAAGUGUAUCCCGUUCUUCAGCUAAAGAAACCUCUCGAGAAGGCACAUCUUCAUUUCACUCACGGCAAAAAUCUGAGGGUGGAGCCUAUCAUGACCCCCACUCAGAUGAUGGAGCAGCCACAAAAGAAAACAGACAUCUGUAUAAUGAUCCUGUUCCAAGAAGAGUUGGUAGUUUUUACAGAGUUCCAUCUCCACGUCCGGAUAAUUCAUUCCAUGAAAAUAAUGUACCAUCCAGAGUUGCUUCUCUGCCAUCAGAGAGCAGCUCUGGGACAAACCAUUCAAAAAGACAAACAACAUUUGAUCCAUGGAAAAGCCCUGAAAAUAUUAGUCAUGCUGAACAACUCAAGGAGAAGGAGAAGCAGGGCUUUUUUAGAUCCAUGAAAAAGAAAAAGAAGAAAUCUCAAACAGUGCCCAAUACAGAUGGUCAGGAUCUUCUGGCAUUACAGAAAGCCAUUCAUUCGACUAAUCACCAAAGCAGCCGGCCGAAGGAAUGGCAUCCCGAGAAGAUCUCAGAUCUUCAAGUUCAUAGUCAGCCAUUAAAAUCACUCCGUAAGCUGUUACAUCUCUCUUCCGCCUCAAACCAUCCCGUUUCCUCGGAUCCCCGCUUUCAGGCCUUACCAAGUCAGCAAGCCAAAAGUUCCUUUUCGGAAGUGCGGAUUCACCCUAUGAGCCAAGCGUCUAGCAGCAGCAGCAGCAGCAACGUCCGAGCUGAGGCCACUCCAAAGGCCAGGCCGACACUUCAGCUGCCGGGUCAGAUAGACCCAGGCUGGCAUGUAUCCCCUGUGAGCAGGAGUGCUAACGAGGGGCCUUCCUACUCUGAACAGCUGGGUUCUAAGAGUGGGCCAAAUGGGCACACAUAUAACAGAACAAAUCGAUCACGGAUGCCAAAUCUGAAUGAUUUAAAAGAGACAGCCUUGUAAUUAUGCUCCAGGGGAUAGGGAGGAAAAAGCCAGCUCCCUGGGAAGAGGGGUGGGGAGGAAGGGGUGGGGUAGAUAGGGCCAAGAGUGGUAAACCAGUAUUUUCAGCCUUAUAAAGGUGUGCAAUAUUGUGUAUGUGGAGCUGCAUCGUUGAGCACCAUAUUAGUCGUCAGGGAUCGUGUAGUAAAUGAGCUGAAUUUCUGAUUGCCAGUCACCAGAAGUCUCCCUUGAUAGAGUUCAGGAAGAAGUUGCCUGGUUCUCUCCCCCUGCCUCUCACCCCUCCCUCACAUUCCAGCUUUAGUGUGCUCCCUGGUGAAGCUGGGAAGCUAAAGCAUGCCUUGGCACUUCAAGGGAUGGAAAAAUUAAGUGUCUCAACCUAUGUCCUUACCACAUACUUUCUGCCUAGUUGAAAUGUGGGAUUUAUGUAAUCCAAGCCUAUCCCUUUCUUUCAAGGGUCAGAAGUCGAAUUGUAUGUCUUAAAUUUGUUUUUUUUUAACUUCCAUAUUUGAUAGGUUUGUAACAUUUAUUUAUUAUUAACUAAUAUUGUAUUGUUAUAAUCAUACCUUUUAUGUUACAAUAUAAAGUUAUUUUGAGCUGUUUGAAACAUUGUGAAGCAGUGCGACAGCUACAGUAGUUUCUAUAAAAACUAAACAGUAACAUUUAUAUAUUGCAUCAGGAGUAUUCUAUCUAUAAAUAUAUAUGGUAAAUACCUGUCUGUUUUAUAAAUAUCUUCAUUUAAAGAAAGUAUUGUUAUGACACUAUCUGCCAUAUUUUUAUACAUUUGUGAUAUAAAGUGCAGUAUUAUACUUGUAAUAAAAGGGAGUUGAAUUGUGGCUAUGUGUGACUGUAACAGUAUGAAUCCUGCUCACCUGUAAGAGUGCAGCCCUCAAGGCAUGAUCAGUAGCAGCAAAAUGUGUGCCAUGUAUUUCUAGCCCUGCUAGAAGGAAAACAAAAAAAGGAUGAGGGACUGCCCAGCUAGCUGUAUUGUAAGGAAGACCUCAGGCUGUUUUUGUUUUUGUUUUUUUUUCCAGUCCAUGCAUGAUUAGCUCCCCUUUGUGUUUGGUAUCACUUACAUUUCUUGGUACAGAGAAAGUGCCCCUUAAAAACCACAACUAAAAACAGAUGCUCUUCCAUGGAAUAUUAUGGGGUGUAGACCAAAGAAAUCCAACAUGAUUUGUAAGUGUAAUUUCAAAGUUGUGAAUUUAUAUAAGAUAGACUGCAAAUCAUGACAUAUCAGCUUUAUGCUUAGGUGUAUUAUUCAUUUGUAUUGUAUUGGGUAACUAGACAGAGUACAUUAAUGUAGUAUUCUGAUUUAAAAUGCUGCUGUGCUUUUUUGGUUGCUAUUUUUGAAUAAAUUUUAAGGCUUCGGAAACAGUUAUAGUUAUAUUCUAAUUAUAGAGAAAAUUGUCACAUGCCCCAUUUUCCUCUAGGGUCUCAUUAGAAUAUCAUUUCCAGUUAGGUUACCAUUGACUCUGGCUUCAGGGACUUUUCCAAAUUUCCCACAAUAUGGUGGCGUUUAAGUAUAGCAAAUAUAGUGUCAGAACAAUACCACUUUUUCUUGUCAUUCAUCUCCUUUCAUUCCCAAGUCACUCACAGAUGUCAUUGAGCCCUUUGACCCUUGUGUGACAGUAGCCAGUGAUUGUGCUUUAUGUGUAUUUUGUCCUGCUUCACCUAAACACAUUCACCUGUCCACAGUCCUCAAUUUUGGAAGUACCCAGUUGGCACCCCUUUUGAAGAUUUCCCCCUCAUACACACACAUUUUUUCACCCCCAGGGUUCACUUUUAAAGAGAAGAGAGUAUGUUUGUCUCCCCACUAAUCCCCAAAGGGUGUGGCUUUGUCAGGGUUUAUUCCUACCAGAGUUCUGAGCACAUCAGAUCCCACAUCAGCUAUGACAGAUGAAAAAUGUAAUAAACUGAACUGCUCUGGCUACAGUUUUCUUCAGGAUUUUGAAAAACUGGUAACCCUAAUGAUUAUGCACAAUACAAAAAAGGAGGCUCUCCUUCUCCAAGACUCUCUGAAAUGUUAGAUUGUGUGUAUAUUGCAUUCUUAUUUAUAUUAUGAUUUCAUGUGUAUAGACUAUAUGUAGAACUCAUUGGUGCUUUUUGUUUCAUUUUCAAUAAAUAUAUUGGACACUAAAGAAAAACUUAAGGUGGGCUUGAUAUUAUCAUUGAAGCUAUUUGGUUUGAAAUCCACUAAUGAUUUAACAAGCUGUGCUUUUUGUUUAUUUUUUAAUUGUUAGAUUUUCUCUCUUCCUCCAGUUCAGGACGUUUCAGCUGGCCCUGCAUUGUCUUGAACAGAAUUUUUCCUUCAGAACUACUCUGUCCUAUGUGAGAAUUAAAAAUCUAACAGCAUUUAUCUGAGUGCCUGUGACAGUGGAAGCCUGCAUGUUCAACACUUUGACAAUAGGGCUACAACCCUUCUGACCACCUUCCUUAAAUGUUCAGCAUAGAAGGGAUUGUAGAAGUGCCUUUGGCACUUGGAUUAGGGAGGGAACCAUUUCCUGUUCACCCAUGCUUUAUACUGCUGGUGUCUUAUAUAUGGGAGUAUUUAUGUUGGUUAUUUUCUGAAGCAGGGUCUUAAGUUUUCAGAGUAAUCAAUCUUCUUGUGUAUAUUCCUAGAUCUGAACCAGAAAACAGGUCCACUAUCAAUAGCAUUUUGGAAAUAAAUCUUUAGCCUCUCUUCUCAUCUUUGAAAUUUUUCAUUGAUCCUAGAUGUGAUCUCUAAAUUGAAUUGAUGGCUUAUCAUUUUCUUCCUACUCAUAGAAGGGACAAUCAAGUUUUCUCACACAUCUGGUUGGUUUCAAACAUGUCUUAGCUUGGAGCUGUUGCUUUUCCCAGAGUAUGGUCUGUUGCUCCUUCUCUCAAAGGCUUCUUCCUGAGUCAACAGUGACCUGUCAUUCCUGAAAAAAAUAUGCUAGAGAGAGAACUACAGAAAUUGAUUAGCUUAAUGUGUGUUGGAGAGUGUGUGCCAUCCACAUGCUUAUUAAGUACCGUAGACCUUCUAAGAAUGAACUAACUUAAUUAAGGCUUAAAAGGAAUACUAAGGCAUGUUUACAUACCCUAAGCUGUCUAGAUCCAUUGAAGUUUAAAGUCACUGAUACAAUUUCCAGAAUUACCCUUUACAUUAGGGAAAAUAAGUUUUUAGGCACUUAUGGAAUCCUUUCUCUUGUCCACCUUUAUUUUUAACCAUCAUUACCAUUUUCUCUGUGAGAGAUUCAGAUUGUACUUCACUCUCUCAGAUCUUUGAGGCUUGUCCCAAGUGUUGUUGAAUAGCACUUGGAGCCUAGGAGCAUAGUGAGGUAUUGUGCUUACAGAGUUCCCAAGUCACUUGGACCAGCUCACAAACUGGAUUUGCCAAGUUGACCCUCUUCCCUAAGUUUUGGAAUUGAUGACAUGGGUUUAGGGGGCUAACACUGCUUCCAGUUGAAUCCUUGGAUAAAGCCUCUCCUUUUACUCCUCAGUGCUGUUUUCUGCCUGUUAGAAGGGUAGGUAUGUAUUUUGGGAGAGAUGGACCUAAGUGACCUCUGAGAUAUUUUAAGCUUGAAAUUUCAGGUUAGUUCUUCCAGCAAGUUUUUCAUGCAGCCAGCUGAUUUGAGAGCAAACAGCAACUUGGAAUUUUGUUUUGAUUUGCACCUGUUGCUAUAGGGGACCUGUAGAUUUUAGCAAAAAUUUACAGAGCACAAUAGUCUUGGUAAUUCAUGCUUCUUCCUAGUUAUAAAAGAAAAAUGUCAUAUGCCAAGCAGUUUGGAACCUAAAGUGUGCUGGUGGUAUGUUUAUUUUAGAAGUAUUUGUGCCUAUAUUUGCCAUGGUGAAAUAUUUAUAAAACAUGCUCUAGGUUCUAACUCCUUACCGUCUAGCAGAAUAUUCUAAGCUUAGAGUUCUGCUGGUUAGUUUAUAGUAACAAAUAUAAUGGAAAAAUAUAUGUCAUGGUAGUACAAACUCAAGGUAGCCAAUUCAGUAUCUUCAUAACCUGAAAAUAAGUGGUGUCUCCUAGAGGAAAAAAAAAGUUUUCUCAUUCUUCCUACUUAACAUUGCUUCUUUAAUAUCAUGGUAUCUACCAUUCUGUAACUUCAGAAAAAAGUUUUUUUCCAGCCACAUACAGAUUGUCCCAGAUACAACUUUUUUAAAAAAAUUAAGUACGAAUUCUUUUCAAGUUUCUGGAAAGAUCUAAUUUUAGUAAUCAGAAUUCUGCUGGUACCCAUAUACCAGGAUCCUUAAAGGAAGAGAUAGUGGCAACUUUCUCAGAUCUGUUCCUAUAACCCUAAUACAGUUAAAAUCUGUAUUAUCCUGGUCCAGAUACACUCUCCUGAGACUACUAAUUUUAUAUCUGGAGGGCCAUCAUCUUCAACAUGGAUGGAUGUUUAACACCAUUACUAAACUACACAAAAACCCACACUCCUUUAUGACAUGAGAACAUUACAUAUAUAUUACUUUACAUACAUGAAGAUGAGCAUGUGCAUUCACACUUUUUUUUUCUGCAUGAAUCAAUGCAUGAGCAAAGGGAACUGUCCUGUGAUAUAAAUUCUCUUUGAUGUAAAAGAAAGGAAUGUUGAGGCUAUACUGGGGCUGUUUAUACAGCUCUGUAGGUAAGAAUAGGGUCUUUGGAAGUGUAUCUCUGAGGAUGGGUAGUUAGUUUGUUUUAAGAGUAUCCACUUCUCCAGUGGUAGUCCUGGAAAUCCUGGUGCUGACUCUCAAAAAUUUUUGGUCCUGAAAUGAUGAGCAAAUGCAAGAAAUAUCAGGUUAUAACUGGGCCACUUGUCUUUGUAGGUACAACCAUGAUCCUAGUAGAAAGGGUAGGUAAUGCAUUGAGUUUCUGUUUAUUUUUCAAUGCUUUUAUGGACUAUAACUGUAAAGGUCCCUAGGCUCAUGGACACGCAUGGAACAACAAUCAGCCACUACAUAAAUACCUUUUCUCUAAAGUUCUGUUUAUCAUCCUGUGAUAUAUUAAAGUUGAUUGUGAGACUCAUUUCUGAUGUUUGUUUAAUUUCCACGAGUCAGUCAGUUUACUGGUGUGUUUGCUAUAGAAUACAAAGUGUCAUCAAAAAUGUGGCUUAUUUUCCCAUAGAUUUACUUGUUAAGUUUGGGAUUUUUUGUUUUAUUUGCUGGAAAAGAUAUUCACCACUUUAGAUUUUCAGGGCUAAUAGAACUGAGCUGUAUUAAUAUGAUACUGUAUUAACUUCUGGCCCCUCCUUGUCUUUUCUGCAGGGUCUGGAGUCCUUUCUUUUUUAGCCCCAUUAAAUCAAUCUCUUUGUAGUAUUCAGAUUUAAAGUUGCCUUGUUUGCUUCUGUUCCAACACAUCCAGGAGAAAGAGGCCUUAUAUGUUACUCCAUCCACCCUAUUUGUUGUAUCCAUAGACCGUUGUAUUAAGAUUUCCUCAGGACUUCCUUUGGUUUUAAGUUAAUCACCUUUCUUCAGGAAGUUGUGACUAGUUUCAUUUCAGCACGAGGACCAACUUGUCAUGGUGCUUUGCUUCAUUUCAAAUAAAAAGAGCCUUAGGAAUACAAAAGGUAGGUGAGAUGGUGUAUAUAUAAACAUACAGGAUGCUUUUUGCCUGGUUUACCAGAGGGUCCAGCUUGUCAAAGCGAUCAGAAUCAUGAGAACAGAGAAAAAUGUUCACUUCUGCAGAAUAAAGCUCUCCAUGUAAACUUAGAAGAUACUUAAAAAAUGGAUAGCAAAGUUUUGUCUUUAUUUUGACAGUUUUCAUUAAAGAUGUAAAAUCCCUUGUGGUUGAUUUGUUAUUUUUCCCUUCCCUUGGCCCUUUUUUAAUUGGGUGGUUUUUUUUGGGGGGGGGGGUCAGUUCUUAGUCUUAUUUGAGUCAGGCUGGUUGAUGGAGUGAAAGAAUUUUUCACCCAUAAAUUUGGAUUAACUAGAACAAGUAAACCCAACUGAAACAGACAUCCAAAAAUACUAUCUCUAAGAAUUGCUUUAUGCCAUUGGGAAUUUCAGAACAGGUCUUUUAUAUUUAGGAGAAAUUUCAGAACUUUUUCAGUCCCCAAUAGGAGUAAUAUAGUGUCUGUGGGAAAACAAAAAUAUGGCUCAGGGUGAACUUGAGAACUUAGUUGUUGGGGUUUUUUUAAUUUUGAUUUGUUUUUGACCAAACAAGAAGAUAAGGCUAAGCCAAAAUGAUGUGAUAUAACAUCCACAUUUAUGGGUAAAGAAUUACUAGAAAUUCUUAAACGCACAUACUUUAUAAUCAUAACCAUGUACUUUUUACUGUGGAAAGGAGGUGAUGGGGUAUUAAUCUUUUUAAUCCUUGAGUCCAAACUGACUUUGACAUGUUGAAUAUUAAAAUACUUCACAAGUUAAUAAACCAUUUGUAAAGUGUUUAUAAAGCUUUCUAUCAUGUGUUGGUACACCUUAUCAAGUUUUUUCUGGCAUGUAUUCCAUUCUAACUACUGUAAAAUUUCUAUUGUUGCUGUAAAUAUUAUAAAAAUAUUUAUCCCAUGGUAACCUUAAUUAUCAGCAUGAAAAUGGUUAAUUUUUACU